CCCGGGCGGCAGAGGGCCGGGCGGAGUUGGAUCGCACCUCCUCGGGGAAGUGGGGAGAAGAGUCGCGCUGCGUCUGGGGGCCCGGGAAGGGUUGGGCUGCGGGCUUCUGGGGUGACCAUGAAGGACUGGGGCGCUGGGGUGCGGGAAUGGGGUGCAGAACCCACAUCUGGGUGCGUUGUUCCACGAGGGAACUUGGGGGUUCUAGCAUUUGAGACUCCGAGGCGUUGGGUCCAGGUGGGCAGGGUAACCUGCGGUGCACUGUUGAGCAGACCUGGGCGCCCAAGAACGGCCCGGCCUCUGGGUCUGCCUUUGGGGUAGGGCAGGGAGUUGUGGGCUGUGCUGCCUCCCUGCAGAGUCUGAAGGCGCCUCUCCUUAACAGCUGGGCUUUUUCCCUCCUUCCCAAUUGAGUCUGGGCGCCAAGCCCCCAAGUGCUCGUCACGCUGGACCCUGGCGCGGAGCCCUGGCAUCACGACUCGGAGGCCGAGACUCUCUCCUGGAGUCACCCAGGGGACAUGGAGCCGCCUCAGUGUGUAGAGGAGCUGGAGGAUGAUGUGUUCCAGCCAGAGGAUGGGGAGCCGGGGACCCAGCCCAGGAGCUUGCUCUCUGCUGACCUGUUUGCCCAGAGCCAGCUGGACUGCCCCCUCAGCCGUCUGCAGAUCUUCCCUCUCACCCACUGCUGUGGCCCCGGGCUUCGACCCACCAGCCAGGAAGACAAGGCCACCCAGACCCUCAGUCCCGCCUCCCCGAGCCAGGGUGUCAUGCUGCCUUGUGGGGUGACUGAGGAACCCCAGCGACUCUUUUAUGCACCAGCAGAACCGAAAUCGUGUGUGGUGGCAGAUCCUCCUCUUCCUACACAACCUCGCUUUGAACGGAGACGAGAACAGGAACGGGGCGGGUCCCAGGUGAGGCUGGGCUGCCCUCUUCGCAUGGGGCACCACAGGAAGGACAUUGCAAGGAUGGACACUGUCUUGUGAAGUUGUUUUGUGUUAUUAUUUUAAAAAUGUAUCUCUGUACAUAAGACAUACCCAAGUGGGACUUCUUUCCCUGUUGAGGGCCUCGACCAGGAAUGGGCCCUUUGUCAAACACUGUUGAAGUAGAGGCUGAUGUGUCUGUGAUGGUGGGACCUCUAAGGGCUCUGACAAGUAGAUUCUUCAGUCAGCAGUUGUUGAAGAUGACCGGGUAGUGAUGUUCUCCAGCAAGUGGACUGUAGUUUUCCCACAGGAACUCGGUUAAGAAAUAGGAGACUGGAUUAGACUCCUGGUUCCACCAAACCUAUCAGCCUUCCGCUGUGGUUGGGGCCAAGAUCCAGACCGUCCCCCUGCUUUAACCCACCAGGGCCUCGGCCAGGGGCUUUCCAACUGAGCACGGCUACUUCACUAGGCCAGUCAGCCUGUCUCUGGGUUCUCAUCUGGGCCAGCCAGUGCCACCCCACAGGCUCAGGGAUUCUUGCUCAGCCCCUGUCAUCUCCAGCAGACCUCAGGGAGGAUUGGGUUUCUCCAAGGACCCCCUCAAACAUGCCAUAAAUGAACCAAACUUCUGGGUAGGCCUCAAAUCUGACUUGGUCCCACUUGGAGGCCCCAGGAUUGGUCCUGAGGUGUGGAACCACUGCCACCCCUGGCUGCCUGGGACUGGCUGGGUGUGAACUAUGGAUGAGCCAAAUAGCCAGUCAACAUGCUGUAGCCAGCAGCUUGUGCCUUUUUCAGCUCCUCUCUCUAAAGACCCAGCCAACGGACUGCAUUUUACCCCCAAUAUCAGCACUCUGGGGCGUGAAGGGGCAAGAUUGAGGUGGGACUGGAAAGUGUGGCAGCCAUCCCACCUAUAAGAGACAGCCCUAGAGGAACCCAGACAUCUUGGUUUCCUUGGAAACAACAUACCUCCUCCCCUUUCUCCCCAUUCCUUUUUCACACCUAGUGGGAUACAGGAAGAAACCAGCACAGUGGCUUUGUCAGCUAAAAUGUGUCUUUUAGAGUAACAGACAGUGAUUAGAGUGUGGAACCGUCAAAGCUGGGUACACAUUUCCUGUCUUCCUUCAACUUCCAGCUAGGCCAGAAGGGCGUGCUCUGGAAGUCAGCAGGAUCACAGCUGCCUCUGAACUUCUUCCUUUCUCUCCCUGCUGUGGCACUAAUGGAGAGAAUUUAAAGCAGCCAGCCUGGCAGCUCUGAUCGCAGACACAGGGAAUCUGAAAAGACACAGGGAAUCCAUUAACCAGACACCUAGAAAUAAAUUAUAAUUUUUACAUAUGUAAGAAAAGAUAACAUUGGUGCUAAUGGUGAAGCAAGGCCCAAAGAAAAGAUGGCUUCCAUGGGCAGAGAAGACCCCAGGGCUACCCAAGGAAAUUGGAGGAGUCCAGAGUAAACUCUCACAUCUGAAUAAGCCCAUGCUCCUCCAGUUCUGCCGAGAGGAGGUCUUCAGUACUGUUGAAGGAAGCGUUGAUCAUCUGGAUGUACAGUUGGGCAGGUUGUUCACUGCACAAGGGCACCUGCAGAGGAAGACAAUGAAGGCUAAAAUCCAGUCUGUGCUCUGCUCACUAAGCUGUAUGCCCUAAUGUAGGACUGUGUGUGCCCAGAGGAAGGAGUGCCUUUCCUAAUUUGCACGAAGGUGCCGUAUGGGCUCUGAGGAGAAGGAACACAAGCUGUGCAUAAGCCUUUGUUUUGUUCUGCUUGGAUGUUCUGGAGGUAUUACCUCUUUUUAGCCAAAAUUUUAUUCUCAGGGUGUGUACCAUGGUUCAUCUGCUAAGAAGAUGGGUUCCUGCUUACAAGAAGGAGCCCAGGGAACAGGCCUGAAGACUGGCUCUGGACACGCUGACCAUUGUGAAAUCCAGCCUUUCCUGUGUGUCUCUAUACCAUUCUAUGAUGUGUAUAGGACAUGUGUUGUUUUCCCUUCUCCUGGACCAAGGCUGUGACCGGCGGGCUGCUGCUGUGUGCUUGAGUGGCACACACAAGAAAACCAGGAUUAUUUCUACCAGCCACUUUCAAACCCUCUUGGCAGACUUUCCACCUGAGUUGAGUGAGAGCAAAUAAAUGGUCUAGGCUUGGGUGCUGAGGCAAAGCCAUCAGCUUCAGAGACCUUGCCAGGCCCGGGCGGGAUGCCCUGUGUUCUGUCCUAAGAACUGAGCCCAGAGUUUGACAAGCCCACCUGAACAUCAAGCCUGGGGCCCAGGGGAAAAGGGUCUGACUGCACUGUCCUCAUCUUAUGUGAAGCUGGGAACUCACUAUCCUAAGCAAGCCAGGGCAAAAUUUAAAACUCCCUUCCUUCCCCCUCCCAAAAAAUACCCCAGGAGGUAACUGGCAGAAUAGCCCCAGGAGGGAGAGAGGUUCCUCCUGGCUGGCUGUUUUUAAUUGGCCUAGCAAGCUAGACUGUCCCCUUCCCCCUCUGCCUGGUGAGUUGGUCUGAACAUUCUUCAAGUCCAGCCUCAGGAGACACAUCGCUCCCCCUGGGCCCCCUCUCCCCUCCCCCAUGCCCAGGAGCUUGGCUGUCUCUAGAGAGGGAUGGAGAGUCAGACUUGGAGGGAGGGAGAGUCUGACCUGGGUCCUGACCUAUAACCACGGAGCUUUUGUGAUUUGCUGAGGGUGGGUGUUGGGAGAGGCACUAGAAGCCUCCCUCCCUGCUGUAGAAAUGGCCUAGGGGAAAAGGAAGCCUGAUAUUCAGGGUCAACACAGUCCUCCUAAUUCAGAAACCCAGAGUAGGGGUUUCUGGAAGCCGGUAGACAGGUAGACAGAACAGGAGAGAACCCCCCCAGGCCAGACAUCCGACUCGCCCAGCGGGUUGGAGGCCUUGCCUGGCCUCGCUGCCUUUGCCUGCUUCUAAGUCUGGGCUGCUGGAGAGCUGGCCUGGUGGCCUUCUCUUGCUCAAUCGGAGGCAGAAAAAGAUCACCUCCCAGUGACCUCCUGGAACCCCUAGGGGAGGGGUCUGUGUCCAGAGCUUAUGUGGCAGCAUGUUCCGAGUGCUCAGAGAGCCCAGCUGACUUGUCUCACCGUCCUCAGCGGCCCAUCCCUGUCCCAGGGUGGCUCCGGCCUGGGUUUGGAAGGAGGGGGUUGUUUGGGAUGUUGCAGCCAGGGCUUCCAGCUGCCUGAAGUCUCUAGGGAAGGAGCCCGCUGCCCCGGGGGAGCUCAUCUCUUUUGGGAGACUUCAUGAAGAGGGAGAGUGGAGAGUACCAGAAGCAGGAAGACUUCUCCUGCGCGACUGCAGGGCCUCUUGGAAUCAGUGCUACAGCCUGGGCUGGAGGAAGCUGCUGCCUCCCUCUGUGUGUUGGCCAGGACCCUUGGUGGGAGGCCACCCUGGCUGGACUCCUUCCAGGGAGGGGUUAACCUAUCGGCCUGUGAAGCCUCCGGGGGACACUGUGGGCAGUAGGCACCCCAGGGCUGGUGAGGACUUUGAGCCUUGAGGGAACAGCAAAGAAAGCUGAGCUCCUCCAUAGAUGUGCCAGCCUCACCGGCUGAAGGCGCUCGGAGCCCAUGCAGGCUCCUGGGUCUGCACUGCCCCUCUCUCUGCGCAGGCAGCCAGCACCUCUCCUUGCUCUGUGAGCAUUGCCCAGUGGGCUGCCCCAUCCCUGAGUCCACAGGGGCUGUCGGGGGAGACCCAGUGAGAAUGUAGCAUUUUGUUCAUCCCAGGUUAGUUGUCCUGGGUCCUAGGCACUCUGCCUCUGGGAGAGAGACAGGGAAGGAGAGAGAGGGGAAUGGGGACCCACUAUUUUAACCUGUACAGCAUAUUCCGCUUUGUGUUCUUCAUGUGCAUAUAUGUAUGUGUGCGUAUCUUCCCCCCGUUAAUUGGUACAAUUUUUAAUAAAAUCAUUUAAAGCAAA